CUCACCAUGACCUCUACUCCCAAAGUCGCCCUCAUCACUGGCUCCAAUGGCAUCACCGGCGCAGCCAUGGUGAACCAACUCCUGUCUUCACCUUCCUGGAGCCGCAUCAUCGCCGUCUACCGAACCACCCCCAAAGACAUCCCCCGCGACCCUCGCCUCUCAAUUGCCCUCGUCGACCUCAGCGCGCCCGCCUCCGAAAUCGCCGCCUCUCUCACCGCCCAGCACGCAACCGGCGUAACGCACUUCUUCCACUUCGCGUACAAGCACCACUCGGGCCUCCAAGAGCUCGUCGACGCCAACGUGCCCAUGUUCGCCAACACGCUGACCGCCGUCGACGACACCUCGCGCGCGACGCUGCAGCGCGUCAUCCUGCAGACCGGCGGCAAGACGUACGGCGUCUACUUCCGCGCCGCGCUCAUCGAGCCCACGCCCGAGCACCCCGUGCACCCGCGCGUCAGCGAGGCUGCCGCGCUGCCGCUCUUCUACUACGGCCAGGAGGACUUCAUGCUGGCGCUUGCGGCGAAGCGGCGCUGGACGUGGAACGUCACGGUGCCCUUCUGGAUCAACGGCUUCACGAAGGGCAACGGCAUGAGCUACGCGACGACGGUCGCCGUCUACUUCACGCUGCAGAAGGCGGCGGGCUUGCCGGCUGUGUUCCCGGCGUCCGCGACUGAUGCGUCUGUGAGCAAGUACAUGAAGCCGCAGCACAUGAGCAGCGCGCGCCACAUCGCCAGGUUCACCGAGUGGGUGGCUGAGAACGAGGGCGUGGGGAACGAGUGGUUCAAUAUUGUGGAUGAUACGAAGACGACAUUUGCGGAUGUCUGGGAGGGCACGGGGAAGUACUUUGGGGUGCCUGUAUCUAACGAGCCGGGGUUCGACCUGAUUACGGAUGUUGAGAGGAGGCUUGCAGCUGGGGAGUGGGACGCGGUGGUGGAGAAGUACGGGGGCAGCAAGGAGGCGUUGAAGUAUGCCACCUGGGAGACGCUGGCGUGGGCACAGGCUGGCGAGUGGGGUGCGGAUGUUAGCAUGGACAAGGCGAUUAAGGCGGGCUGGACGGAGACGGUGGAUACGAAUGCGGAGUUGGCGAGGAUAUUCGAUGAGAUGAAGGAGGCGGGUGUUAUUCCGGACAUCAAGUAGAGCGCUCUUGGGAGCUAUGUAUUGAGACUGCUUUAGGUGGAAGUGCGAAUAAGAGAAAUUCAAGUAUCUGCGUAUAAUAGAGAUAAAUUCACUCACUGUGAUGUCGACGUUCGAGUGUUGCCGGCCGCCUGCCCGGACGUGAUCUAUGCGCUCUGGUCUUGUACUCGACUGCUCAGCUUUGGCAGUCCUGUAACCGUCUUUAGUAUCUUCCUCACUGCACUAAUCUUCUCUCCCUUUUUGGACUCCUUCAUAAGAGCUAUGCCGCGCAACCACGCCCGUUCCCUCUCAUCCAGCACAGUAGUGACUAAUUCAUCGAACGCCUCCUGUACGCCUUUUCC